AUGGAGACUGGCUGUCAGAAUUGCGCGCUGCAGCGUGGCCAUUGCAAAGCAGUCACGCCUGGCAAAAGCCAACUCGAUGGCUGCGGGUAUGGCCUGUUCACGCUGGAGGACAUUGCACAACAUGAAUUCGUCAUUGAGUAUACUGGCGAGCUCAUCAUGCACGACGAGGGCGUUCGAAGAGAAGCACGGCGUGGUGAAGUCUUUGAUGAAGGCUCAUUUACUUCUUACGUCUUCAGUCUGUUGGACUCGGAAGGCAUCUGGGUCGAUGCUGCUAUAUAUGGCAAUCACAGCCGCUACAUCAAUCAUGAACAGGAUACCUACAAUGUCGAACCGAAGAUCCUGUACGUCAACGGCGAAUAUCGCAUUCGCUUUUCGGCGACGAGGAACAUCCAGGCUGGCGAGGAGCUGUUUUUCAACUACGGCAACAAUUUCCCAAACCUGACUAAGAAGAUGAUCAAAGACAAGACGGCCGAAGAGGACGGUCCAGUGACCUCUGAAAGCUUGAGCGUGGAGCCAUUGCCAGCUAAGAAGACCCGCGUCCAAGGAGGUUCAACGCGAGGCCGGGGCCGGGGUGCUACCCGAGGCAGAGGGCGAGGGCGUGGGGUCGGUCGCGGGCGCGGUGGAGGACGAGGACAGGCUACCAAGUCCGAGUCGAAGCCUGUCAAGAGGGGACGGCUUAGCGCGCGCAAGGAAGCACCCCAGAUGCCGGAAGAGGUCGUGCAAGCUGCCAGUGAUCUGGCAAUACCUACUGAAGGUCGCAAACGCAAGCGAGACCUCAUUGAAGAUUCUGAAGAAGAAGAAGAAGAAGAAGAUUACGAGCCAACGACAGUGGAGGAGGAGUCCGAUAACAAAACGGACACCCAAGUGGCAGAAGCUGAGAAGAGUAAACAGACCCGAGGCGACACACGACGACGUAGCCGACGACGACUCGAAAGCCCGGUCAUGGAUGACGACGAGGAAACCGCUGAGAUGAACACCCCAACUCGCGGCAGAGCCCGACAGCGACAAUCAGCGUCAACGUCUGCAGGCUGGCUAGUGAACGGCACGUUGAACAAACAAGUCACUCCGCUGCGCAAGCGGCGAGGACGACUUCCGAAUAAGGCUACGGAGGAUGUCAAGUCUAAUGGCGACUCCGCAAAAGCCGAUGAGUCGCCCUCGCAGCCCAAAGGAAGGAAAUCAAACUCUGCUUUGAAGGCUAGUACUCCACGCCGCGGGCGCGAUGAAGCGGAAGAUUACAUCGAUGAUAACGACAUGGACAACGACGAUCACGACGAGACGCAAGCUACGCCAACACCUGUCUUGCGAAAUCGCCGCAGCCGUCGGUUUGCGCCCUCUGAUUCAGACGAUGAAGCGAUGCCAUUCCCUGGGGACACUUAUGUGGAUGAGGAUAGCAUCGGGUCGCGGCUGAGUGGCGGUCGCAGCGAUUCUCGUUCUCGCAGGGAGAGGAAGAUGCCAGCUAGGUAUCGUGAUCGCGAAAUACCUUGA